AUGACAGCAGCAGCGACAAACAUGAAGAACAUAAGAUGGGAAGACCGCACCAACAGAAUAGUCAUUCUGUUCAACAAUGAGCAGUUUGCGCUGGCCAGAAAAGAAGUGCGCGUGCUUCUUGACUAUCCUGAACUGCAUCCCUUAUGUCGAAUCCGAUGCCUGAUCGUCCUUGCCCGAGCUGUCGAAGACCGCUACCAAGCUCAGAUGAUUUACAAUGACGCCAAUCGCAUCUGGGCUUUCAUAAGACGUCGAUGGCCUCCUAGAAACACUUACAGAAGGGGUAAUUGCCUCAUGGCCGAAGCGCGCCGCAAGCUCGACGACCUGCGUUCAGACAUACUUGCAGAUGAGCCCAAUGAUGACGGCUACUUUGAUGGACCACCAAAGUGGCGACCCGAACCCGCAAAAGAAGAGAGAGAGCGUUCGACCGAGUCUGUAAGGGUUCAUCCGUUCAAGAAAAACGCUGAGAUGACUGACCAGAAGAAGGGGAAUUCUCUGUCUGAGGUUGACGACGAAAGUUUUCUCGACAAGUUGAAGAGGCUUAGAGCAGAGACAUACGCGCCCAUCUCCGAGUACAAACUCGACCAGGGUUUCUGUGUCGAUCCGCGUGUCUUUUUCAGUAUCAACAUGGAGUGUAUCUCUGUCGAGAAGUCUAUGAUGGUUUGCGACAUUAUCGAGGAGCAAAACAGAUUCUUUCCUUUCUGGCACACUCCUGGACAAGCCGAAAAAAAGAAGGCUGCGAUUCCUGGUUCGUCAGUCUCCAAUCCUCGUCAAGUACAAGACCGCAACAUUGCAUUGCCUGGCCGAUCAAUCCUACCUAUCAUUGAGAAGGAAGACACCAAGAUCGACAAGCCCAAGACGAUCCUCAGAGAUGUGCCUGAUGAGCUGAGUUCCGACGAAGAUGCCGCUGGAGGUAAAGUCGAGAAGCUUACCAUGACGGAGAUCUUUCAUUGGGAUCAGUAUGAGGAGAGCUCCGAGUCUAAGCUUCCAUCACCCACCAAGGUCAAGCCCUCAGCCUCGCCCAAGCCUUCACGUUCUCGUCCUGCCUCCUCGGACCAUUCUGCUUCAGCUCCUCAACAAGCCAACGAUGUCAGCGCUCAGGCCGAAGAUUCUCGCUCAUCGAGCACAUCUGUGCUUGGCUUGAACCAAGUUGAGCUACCUCAUUCAUUGAGCGCACCUCUGCCCGAAACUUCGAAGAACGUGGAACCCAGUCACGAAAUCCCUCAGUCGACAAAGAAGAAUCGCCGCUCUUCAGUCAAGGGUGUCUUCAAACUCAGUGUCAACAACCUCAAGAAUCUCAAGACCGCCACCAUCGGAGAAGUCAUCACUCGUGACAGAAGACGCCUUCCGACUGCCAAAUCUUCGCUCGAGGCUGUGCUUAAGGCUGAUGACAAGAGAAGAGCAGCUGCUGAGCGUGACAAGAAGAACAAGACGCAGAAGAAGUCGUCUGGACAACUCGCAUCAGACGCAAACACUUCUGAAAGAUCAGGACGACGACUAUCGAUCAAGUGUUCGAUGAGCUGCUUGUUGAGUUGUUCAUGGUGA